AGUCUUCGGUGCACAGUGGUUUCGAGCAGAUGGCGGAUCGUGAUUUUUUGUUACCCUGAUAGUCUGCUUCGAUUUGGUGUGUAAACAACCGCGGCGAAACGCGAAGGGAGCGUCCUCGAGUUGCAGUUGCCCUAUUCACCCGGCUUGUGGCUUGUGAUUGUUUUGAAACCGGGCUUCUUGUGCUUUUUCCUAGCGCCGCCGCUUUUCAUCUUCCAUUAUAUUGGAAGAAAUGUAGAAGUACUGCUGUUGACUUGGGCGAUUCGGUGUUCAGCUGGGCAUGGUGGAAUUCAAAUGCGCACAUCAGCGCCCGGAGUGUACGAGCGGUGUGAAGAGGCCCCUAUAGGAUGUACUUGUACUUGCCGUCAGCUGAGUGGAGACGAAAACUUGUGAAAUCCGUAUAAUCGAAUGUGAAAAUAUCCGUUUGUUUUGGUGUAGGACAGAGAACCCCAAGAAGGGGGUUUGGUGGUAUCCGAGGGAGGCCACAGUUCCGAAUUUGCUGAGACUUCAACCGCAGUGGCGGUAGGAAACAAACCUGUGAGAAGACAGUUGUAAGAGUGAUCAUUAACUUAGUUUCUUUUAAAUGUGUUGCGGGUGGUGAAUGAAUUAAAGAAAAAAAGGGUGUAAUAUGGAAACAUAAAAUAAAGUGAGUCAACGAUUACAGUCAAAGGAAAUGACAUUAUAGUGACCGUGAUAAGUGAAAUAAUCAAGGUUGUAAACCUUGCAUUGUGACGAAACCUUUAAUCAUACCAAACGCAAAAGUGUCAACUAACGUUUUGCCGCGUGGAAAAUUCAAGGAUUCGAUUGCACCGCUAAGGAGUUAGUAUCCAGUGAUUUAAAGCAUCCGCUCAGACUUCAUGGCCGCGUGCUAGCCUCUCGUCAUCCCCCACGCACAUGCACGCUACUCUUCCGGGAUGGACAAACUCGAGCUGGAAAUACGCAAGGAGAUCGAGGAGCUGAACACGAGCGUGUCCCUUAUCGAUCGACUCGAUGCUAGCGAUACGAUGGACGAGGAGAAGCAGCAGCAGCUGCUCUCCUCGACCCGGGCGGUGUUCGAAAAUCUCAACUCGAGUCACACCAAGAACAGCCUAACGGAUUCGCAGAUUUCGAUCAUUUCGAAGCAUGACGGUUAUCCUGACACGGGACACUUCUAUGCAACGCCAGCGAUUCCGUUGACUCCGACAACCGAAAGCAGUGGCGGCGAUUGUUUGGAAAAAUUGGUUCGUGGAGGUGGCGGGGGUGUCGUAACGAUGAUGACAUCCGACGGUGACAAAACACUGAUGACCAACAGCAGUGGCAUACGAGUUACCAGCGACACUAGCAGUAAGAACACCAAAGCGGGCUGUAGUACAAACUGUACGGAAGGCAGCAAGUGCAGCCAGAAAAAGCACAAAAAGGAAACUAAGAAAGACAAAAAAAUGACGGCGAAAGAGAAAAAAGCAGCAGCUGCAGCGGCUGCCGCCAAUCCCAAACUAGCAGGACCAGAUCAGUAUUCUCCCAACGGUGGAAACUCGUCGCUGGUUAGCUUCCUAUUCCCGCCGGGUUCUCCUAACAUAAAGAAAAAGAACAACAACAACAACAAUUUACCGUCGACGGUGAUCCUUGGUGUACUCCAGCUGUUGUUCGCCGUUGCGCUGGCCGCUCUUGGCGGUCUGGUGCUAGCCCGGAAUGCGUCGUUGGCGCUGGCUGGUACGGGUCUGUGGUGCGGUGCCAUUUCCGGAAUCGCCGGUUCCCUUGGGUUAAUGAAUGUGAAGAUGGCCAAGACUGGCUUCCUGGCCGUUAAUCUGAUCUGUGUAGCUUCCAGUACGCUCGGGCUGGCCCUAACCGGAAUCGGUACCGUGCGAGAUGCCAACCUGGCUCAGCAAGAUGAGUCGGUCUGGUAUGCGGUAACGGCCGGUUCCGGGCUGCUGGUUGCAUUGGCGCUGCACUUUCUCGUCAGUGUCUUCUCGGUGUACUAUUCGGCACUGAAGCUUUGCUCCAGGCCAUCUCAGAAGACACAAAUGAUGGAGAACAUGAUCAACAGUAGCAGUUCACCGGGUUCGCAGGCCUUUUUAUCCCAGCAGAAGGUCGAGGAUUACAUCAACUCCCUGCAGGUCGAUCCGUCCAUCAAGGACAUGAUGUAUCAGACGAUGCUUAACCGUGGCUAUGGUUCGGUGUAUGGCGAAAAACAUCGCUCAGAUACGUUCAGCAAUGGAACCGGAGCUGGAACCCGACCUGUUAUGCUUGUACCAGCCUGCGCUGGCAAUGGGCUUCCCCAGAUGCUGCCAAUGUACUCAACACCUCCUCCACCGGCGAUGUAUUCUUCCCCCAUGAUGCCACCCGGUGUUCACCAGUAUCCUCCGAUGUAUCCAGAAAGUGCCCUUAUGGAAGCCCACAUUGCCCGUAUCAAUCGAAGACGUUCAAUGCGAGCUAACUCGGAGCAGAAUUUAGUUCUAACUGAAGAACCCCAUCGGCAUCACUAUCGACCUCGCACUGAAGAAACAAAUCCACAGCCGGAGAAGACUUUCACGUAUACCGGCUUAGAUCGAGACAUUGCCGAUAGUUACUUGGCGAAGGAGGAGGAAAAACUCAACAGCAGCAGUAUUGUUAGCUCUGGCGGACCUCAAAACCCUCCGCCCCAACAGAGUCACCAGCCGGAACAGAACGAUUCGACGCAGACACCUCCCCUCACAUAUCACCAUGAUCUGAUGUUGAUCGACCAUCGACAUCACUUCGAACGGUACAACGAUGUUCAUAUGUAGACAGAAUGAAAGUGCGAACGAGUAUUCACUAGCCACGUAAGUAUUGGAAAGAAAGCCCUAGCCCUGCUCAAGUUGAUUUUAAUGCAACCCUCGACGUCACUACUAUUGCGUAUUUCUGGUGUAUAAAUUG